CUCUAGUGGUACUGUACCAAGAUGAUGAACAUCAGUGACCUGCCUCUGCAGCUCCUGCCCUCCAGGUCCUCAGAUCGACUGCUGCAGCCUCUCUGGGACUAUUUGCUUUUUCAUCACCUACCCCUCAUCUCGUCUCCCUUCUUCCCUGUCCUGCUCGCCUUCUCCAGUUAUUUCUUCUUCAGUUUACCCUUCACUGUGUUAGACCUCUUGGGAGAAAGGCUGCCUUCGUUCCAUAAAUACAAGAUCCAGCAGGGCAGGCGUCCGACAUUGGGAAUGAUGGCCAAGAGCUUCAUGAAGGCUGUGUACAACCACUUGUUUUUUGUUCUGCCAGCUGUAAUGAUUGGUAUGUUCAUUCUGCCCGCACCAGUGCUGCCACAUGAUGCUCCAACUGUGUAUGAGGUGUUCGUUGAUGGACUGGCUGCACUUCUCCUCUUUGACACUCAGUACUACAUUUGGCAUUUCAUACACCACAAGAAUGCGCAGCUCUACAGGUGGAUUCAUGCCAUUCACCACGAAUACAUCGCACCUUUCUCUUGGUCCACAGAGCAGCUCAGCAUCCCAGAGCUGAUGACUGUAGGAUUCUGGAGCAACCUGGACCCGAUUCUCUUAAGAUGUCACCCAUUUACCACUUGGUGUGUCACAGUGUUCAGCAUCUGGAUGUCUGUAGAGGACCACAUAGGCUAUGACCUGCCGUGGACCCUCAACCGCCUAGUGCCAUUUGGUCUGCUGGGAGGAGCACCAGCUCACGACAUACACCACCAGAAGCCUAGCAGUAAUUUUGCUCCUUUCUUCAGCCACUGGGACCGGAUCUUUGGUACCAAUGUCCCUCUGCAGAGAAAACUGUAAAGAAAUAUUAAAUGCGAGCAAAGAGCGAGUAAAUUAAAUGUUGUAAAUAUGUUAAGUGGUGAACUGUUUCUUUGUGUAAUGUUGAACAUAAAUAUAUUUUUCUGGCUUUUCAUUCAAUAAAAUGACUGUACUUGUUAAGACUUA